ACCAUGACGAUGAUUUGGAGAGACAAAAACAUGUGUGUCUCAUCCCAGUCCCAGGUAGAUAGAAAAUAGAAUAGGCAGAAACAGAAAGAAACCAUGGCUGGUACCGGAAAAUGCUUCCUCGUCACCGGUCCUCCGGGUGUGGGAAAAAGCACUCUGAUUAUGAGAGUGUUGGAGUCCCUCAGACUCAAUUCCUCCAUCAAGCUUCAGGGCUUCUACACUCGGGAAGUUAGGCGCGCGGGUCAAAGGGUUGGUUUCGAAGUGGUCACUCUUGAUGAUCGCACUGCCCCACUUGCGUCCCUCCACUUUUCAAGCCCUGAGUCUGUCGGAUGGCCUAGUGUUGGCAAGUAUAAAGUUGAUGUAGCAUCUUUCGAAUCACUAGCACUGCCCGAGUUACAGGUAUGCUUACUUUCUUUAAUAUCUUUUCGGUGUUCAUUUUUUUUUCUUUGCAGCAGAUUAGGUUACUGGAUAUUUUGCCAACUAUACGACCAUUCUUAUGUGUAUCUUCCAAUUGUGGUUAGAGAAGACACCAGCCUCUUCAUCAUUGACGAAGUUGGUAAGAUGGAGUUAUUCAGUUCGUCAUUUUUCCCUGCAGUUCUAAGAGUUUUGGAGUCAAAUAUCCCAGUUUUGGCUUCAAUUCCAAUUCCAAAAUUUGGCAGAGACAUACCAGAAGUUGCAAGGUUGAGGAAUCAUGCAGGGGCAACUUGUUUUACAUUGAACGUUGGUAACAGAGAUGCUGUCAGAGAACAGAUACGAUCACUAUUGGAAGAUCUGUUGAUUAAACACUAGUCAUUGCAAGUUUGUGGUCUGAACUCAACAUGUAGAUUUUCAGUUUCAAAUCAAUUAUGAUGGGUUAGCACUAUUAAGUGUAGGGGAAAAAAUUGCAAUUCUUAGUUGAGUCUUAAAUAAGUUGGUGGUGAGUUUGUUAAGCCUUAACCAAGGCAUGGAGGAGGUAUUUAGUGGUUUGAGAUUUACUAGAGUUAUGCAUGACUUACCUUGAUGUUUUUUUGUAACGACCCAUCCAUAUGUGACUAUAUAAUGAAUAAAUUAGAUGACUUAUCUUCA